AAUGCUGCACUGCUGUACAAACUAGUUGCUAAAUUUGUCUGCUGUAUGGUGAAGAAUACAGUAGGUUCAUCGGAGCAUCUUCACUGAAAACAGCCACCUGCUGCGCCAUGCCUCUAAAAACAACUCCUGCCCCUUCUAACAAGAGGAAGGCCAACAAGAUCAUCACUGACCUGUCCAACAUCAGCCAGAAUGAUGAUAAUUCAGACCCCGAGGCCUCUGAGCUCGACCUGGGCACCAAGAUCAAGACGCCCAAGGAUGUGAUGCUGGAGGAGCUCUCCCUGCUCAAAAACAAGGGCUCCAAGAUGUUCAAGAUGAGGCAGCAGAGAGUUGAGAAGUUCAUUGUGACCAACGAGAACACGCAGAACCUCCAGAACCUGUUGAUGUCCCCUCCCCCUAUUCCACCAAAGCCUGAGGUGUCAGUGGAAGAAGUGUUGGAUGUGGAGGCAGAAAAAGACAAGAUGAAGGAAAACUAUGUACGCACCUAUGUAUCGCCCUGGGAACAUGCCAUGAAGGGCAACGAGGACCUGGCGGCAACCAUGAAAGCCACUAUGCCGGGACCCAUCCAAACGCACCCAGAACUGCCUCUGUACAAGAGCUUCAACAGGACGGCGUUGCCAUUUGGCGGCUUUGACAAGGUGCCCAAGACGCUGACCUUCGAACUCCCACAGCUCAACGCUGCUACAGAGGAGCCGGAGCCUAUACCCACCCUGCAGGCUGACAUCCGCUCACGCCCCUCAUUCAACCGCACGCCCAUCGGCUGGGUCUGCAGUGAGGACAACUCAUACAUCCACAUGGACCUGGAAAACGUCCCCUUCGACGGAGAGACAGAUGACCUGUGAACACGCAUGCACACACAAGCAUAUUUAUAGUACAUGUAUCCUGAAACACCCACACAUCGAAGUACAUGCACU